CGAAGGCAGCAUCUCUUGAGUAUCUCUCUGAGUUGCAAUGGACUCAUCAAAGCAAGCGUGCUGCAUCUUCUUCUUGCUGCUGGCUGCUGGUUCUGCGCACGCAGACUUGGAGAAAGACCGGCAAGAAUGCGCCGACCAGCUGCUGGGCCUCGCCACCUGCCUCCCCUACGUCGGCGGCGACGCCAAGACUCCGACCAUCGACUGCUGCUCCGGCCUCAAACAAGUCCUCCACACCGGCAAGAAGUGCCUCUGCAUCUUGGUCAAGGAUCGCAACGAUCCCAACCUCGGCCUCAAGAUCAAUGCCACACUCGCCUUAAGCCUCCCCGCCGCCUGCCACGCCCCGACCAACAUCUCCGAGUGCCCCGGUCUGCUGAAACUGGCGCCUAACUCACCCGAUGCGAAGGUGUUCGAGGACUUCACUGCAGGCAACAAGGGGAGCGACAGCAAGCCGCCGCCGGCCGACAGGAAGGGGAAUCCUAGUGGUGGAUCGAGCUCGGAGAUAAAGAGCGACGGCGGGAGGGGAAGGAGAUGGCUGGGAGUUGAGAUGAUUUCUGCAACUCUCAUUGCCGUGGUAGUUCACGUUUUGCCAAACCUGUGACACUGAAAGAUAUUCCACUGCUACACCAUUAAUUGUUUCUACACUCUUGUAAUGUACUUUCUUAUUUAUAUAUAUUAUAAUUCAAUCUUA